GUGGAAGCGGCUGUGGGUUUGACAGGAGGAGGAGGCGUCGCUCUCCGGGUUAUGACCAGAGGGCGCUGAACUUGGGCUCACCGAUCGCUGGUUACAACCAGAGGGAGAGAGAGAGAGAGAGAAAAAAAUUCCCGUUGUGUGUGAUUUUUUUUGCAGAUAUGUGGAUUUAAAAUAUUAGAAUCGUAAGCGAAACUUGAAGAAGCGUAGGGGUGAGCGAGCGAGGACGGUUUGUGAGUGCAAUGUUGGGCCGGGGCCCUGCCGCCCAGCGCUGAUACUUGUAGAUAAAUACACACCCUUCCUCCUGGGGAGACAGCGCGCCACGAUCCUCUCUCUCUAAACUGCCGAAUAUGGACGGGCUGCAGCCGCCGACAGGAAGCGAAUCGCCGCCCCGCAGCAGGGACAGGUCCUCCUCAAAGAAGAAACCUCCCGAAGAUGACCCGAGAAACAAACCAAAGCUGAACCUUAACAUAAAAACUUUGGCGGAUGAUGUGCGUGACAGAUUAACCAGUUUUCGAAAGUCAGCUACGAAAAAAGAGAAACCUCACAUACAGCAUCCUACUGACUCUCAAACAGCUAUGUGUGACUUGCCACUAGCUCAACCAGUGUUUGAGGAAUGUUUUAUGAAUCUUUCUGAGAAAGAGAUUUUAGAUCUCUUUGAAAAAAUGAUGGAAGACAUGAAUCUGAAUGAAGAUCGUAAGGUUCCACUCCGAGGAAAGGAUUUGACGACAAAGAGAGAAAUGGUGGUUCAAUACAUCUCUGCAACUGCCAAAUCUAUAACUGGAAGCAAAGUUUCGGGUGGCCUGAGGAACAGCAAGCAUGAAAGUACUCUGUCAUCCCAAGAAUAUGUUCAUGAGUUACGUUCUGGAAUUACUGAUGAUAAACUCCUUAACUGCUUGGAAUCACUGAGAGUUUCUUUGACCAGCAAUCCUGUUAGCUGGGUUAAUAAUUUUGGUCAUGAAGGACUUGGUCUCAUGCUUGAUGCUUUGGAGAAACUUUUGGACAAAAAACAACAAGAAAUGAUUGACAAAAGAAACCAACAUAAGCUUAUCCAAUGUCUGAAAGCAUUUAUGAACAACAAGUUUGGUUUACAAAGAAUACUCGGUGAUGAAAGGAGCCUAUUGUUAUUGGCAAGAGCGAUUGACCCAAAGCAAACAAACAUGAUGAUAGAAAUUGUCAAAAUUCUCUCUGCAAUUUGCAUUGUUGGAGAAGAAAAUAUCCUUGAUAAAAUCUUGGAAGCUAUAACUACAGUUGCAGAGCAGAAUAACAGAGAACGAUUUGCACCCAUUGUGGAAGGAGUGGACAAUCAUGAAGCGCUUCAGCUGCAGGUUGCCUGUAUGCAGUUAAUUAAUGCCCUGGUCACAUCUCCAGAUGAUUUGGAUUUCAGGAUACACUUGAGAAAUGAAUUCUUGCGCUGUGGUUUGAAAAAGAUACUUCCUAUACUGAAAGAGAAAGAAAAUGAAGAACUAGAUAUUCAAUUAAAAGUGUUUGAUGAAAACAAAGAAGAAGACUUCAUUGAAGUAUCACAUCGACUAGAAGACAUACGAUCUGAGAUGGAUGACAUGAAUGAAGUCUACCAUCUGCUGUCUAAUAUGGUGAAGGACACUGCUGCAGAGAAUUAUUUUCUCUCAAUGCUGCAACACCUACUGCUCAUCAGGAAUGAUUAUUAUAUCAGACCACAGUAUUACAAGAUAAUUGAGGAAUGUAUUUCCCAGAUAGUAUUGCAUCGAAAUGGAGUAGAUCCUGAUUUUGAAUAUCGUAAACGAUUAGACGUAGAUUUUAGUCAUCUUAUAGAUCAAUGUGUUGACAAAGCGAAAGUAGAAGAAAGCGAAAAAAUGGCAUUAGAGUAUUCCAAAAAGUUUGAUGAAGAAUUUACAGCUCGGCAGGAGGCACAGACUGAAAAUCAGAAGAAGGAUGAAAGAAUAAAAGAGCUUGAAGCAAAACUCAAUCAGCUGGAAGCAGAGCGGAAAGCAGCACCUUUGCCUUCUGGUGUCCCUCCAGCCCCACCACCUCCUCCCCUUGGUGGAAUUCCAGCCCCACCUCCCCUCCCAGGAGGCAUUCUUCCUCCCCCUCCUCCACCUCCCCUUCCAGGUUGUGGACCACCACCACCUCCUCCACUUCCUGGUGGUCCAGGGAUACCACCACCACCACCACCACCACCGCCUUUUGGGGGUCCACCUCCCCCACCAUCGUGUAGGGGUGCACCACCUCAUUUGGGAGCUCCUGCAGUGUUGCCGCAUGGACUACAGCCGAAAAAGCAAUACAAUCCAGAAGCUCCAUUGCGAAGAGCCAACUGGUCUAAGAUUGGACCUCAGGAAAUGACAGAAACAUGUUUUUGGAUCAAAGCCAAAGAGGAAAAGUUUGAGAGUCCAGAUCUGUUUGCUAAACUAAUGCUUAGUUUCGCCACACAAACAAAAGUAAAAAAGGAUGAUGUUCAAACCGAGGUGAAAAAAUCUGCUCCUGCCAAGAAAAAAGUAAAAGAACUGAAAAUUCUGGACCCUAAAACAGCUCAAAAUUUGUCAAUUUUCCUGGGAUCAUAUCGCAUAGCUUAUGAAGAAAUCAAACAUAUAAUUUUAGAAGUGGAUGAGGAGAAACUCAGUGAGCCCAUGAUUCAGAAUUUGGUGAGAUAUUUACCAGAGCAGAAGGAGCUCAAUACGUUAUCUCAGUUUAAGGAUGAAUAUGACGACCUAUGUGAACCUGAGCAGUUUGGAGUGGUGAUGAGCACCGUAAAGUUGUUACGACCACGACUGAACAAUAUUCUCUUCAGACUUCAAUUUGAAGAAUAUUUGAACAACAUCAAACCAGACAUGAUGAAUGUAACAAUCGCAUGUGAGGAGGUGAAAAAGAGUGAGAACUUCAGUAAAAUUUUGGAAUUGGUCCUUCUUGUGGGAAACUACAUGAAUGCAGGGUCCAGAAAUGCACAAACGUUUGGCUUCAAGAUCAGCUAUCUCUGCAAGCUUAAGGACACCAAGUCAAUCGACCAGAAGGCAACAUUGAUGCACUUUUUAGCAGAGAUUACCGAAGAGAAAUAUCCAGAAAUCCUGAAGUUCACAGAUGAAAUUAGCCACAUAGAAAGUGCAAGCAAAGACUUUGAUUCCUGCUCAAUGGUGAGUCAAGUCCCGUUCCUUAAGGUCUACUCUGUUGACAUGAUUAAAGUUUCAGAUCAGAACCUGAAGAUCAGUUUGGAUGCAAUGGAGCGACAAAUCCAGCGCCUUGAAAGUGACAUCAAGAAGUUUCCUGAAACAGAAGAUGAGCAUGAUAAGUUCGUGGAAAAAAUGUCCAGCUUUGCCAAGCAUGCAAGAGAACAGUAUGAAAAACUUUCCAACAUGUACGGAAAUAUGAUGAAGUUGUACAAAGGAUUGGGUGAAUACUUUGUCUUUGAUCCCAAAGUUGUCAGUAUUGAUGACUUCUUCACUGAUCUCAGAAACUUCAGGUCCAUGUUCCUGGAAGCACUGAAAGAAAACAUUAAGAAGAGGGAGACAGAAGAAAAGAUCAAGAGAGCAAAGCUGGCUAAAGAGAAAGCAGAGAGGGAGAAGUUGGAACGGCAACUGAAGAAGAAACAGUUGAUUGAUAUGAACAAAGAGGGUAAUGAAACAGGAGUGAUGGAUAGCCUGCUGGAAGCCUUGCAGUCAGGUGCUGCAUUCAGGGAUCGCAGGAAGCGCACACCAAGAAAUCUUGGUGAACAAAGUCCAGCUAGUCCAACAUCCCGAUGGCCAGUUGACAAGGAAAACAGGCGUAUUACUUUGGAGAGGUCACGUUCCCGUCACAAUGGAAAUACAACAUUUGCAUGAUCCCAAGGUGCCAGAGGACUGAAGCUUGAAGCUUAUUUUUCUACCAACCCUUGGGCAUCAGAACAGCUCAAAACUGUGGUGCAGACAAUGAUCUGUGAGGGCUAGAAGAGGCGAUCCAGAGGAAUCAUGAAAACAUUGUGUCUGAGAAUGUGCAGAGUUGAACACUCUCUGCCGACCCUUAAGAAACUUUUAACUUUUAUAUUCCCACUAACUGACCUAGAAUUGCAAGUAGUUGGACUUUAUCCAUGGUGUUGUGAAAUUCAUUUCAAUGAUUUUGUUUUAUAUUUUUGCAAAACAAAAUGAGAGAAAGAAAGCAAAUGCUUGGGAUCCCAAUUUGGCAUGAUUCUGAUUCUUUUCUGUUCGUAAGUUAGAGUGUGUGCUUUACAUGAGCAAACUCAAAAUAACUCUGCUUUGGGGCCAUGGAAUGUUACCAAAAUAACCAAAGUCUGAACACACCCAGCAAAUCAACUGUGGCAAAAUAGCCGUCUUUUUUCUGUCUUUUGGAAGGAUUUAUUUUAGAUUUAUGUUUUCCCUAAAAGAAGUAUUUUUCUUGAGCAAAAAUAUUUUCUAAUUAUGCACUUGGAUGUACUUUAUAUGCAUAUUUUCAGGAAAAAAAUGAAUACAGCAUUCUUAUUUUGUCACUGCCUAUAACUAAAGAAUGACAUUUGUUAAGUAGCAAGUCUGUAUUACAUGUGAUUUCUUAAGUCACAUGGGAAAAUACAUUGAUUAUGGAUUGUUUUAAUGUCAUGUAGUUAUUGCACGGUUAGUUUUGCUGCAGUGGAAGUUUGUUCAUAUCCACUCUGUGCAAUAACAAUGCUGCAACACUUGUGCUUGUUUUAUAGAAAUUAAGAUUUUGGAAAUUGCAUCUUAAAAAGCAUUCUAUUUAAAGCUGUUUUAAAAAAUAUUAUAAGCAGAUCUCAACAAUAGUUGAGAUAUGUGUUUAAAUGAUCAGACCAAUGAAAUAUUCAGUUAAAACUUAGUAACCAGUUUAUAUGUUAGCACAUAUCUUCACUAGAACAUAACAACUACAAAUAGUCAACAGAGUCCCAAAUCAAUAAAGGAAAAAGGUAUGUUGUAAAUGAAUUUGCAAAUACUUAAGAGUUGCUUAUCUUAUAUAAUUGAAAAUAGAAUGUAUAUCAGCACAAUGCCUUUAAUGUUUAAAAUAAAGUUGAUAUUAUUGA